CUGAUGGAUAUAUAUUCUGACGAUGUUGGAACUGGAGAUCCAAGUUUAACGCAUGGAGAUUGAACAUAUGAUGUUAGUGGACAUCAAUAUAUAGCGAUUUGCCACGCGAAAAGCAGACACUAACAGCAAGAGCAGACCUUCGUUUCUGUACAGUGAAGGCAGCUUAAAUAUGGCAACAAACGACAUAUACUUGGGGGCGGUGGACUUGCAGUGUGAGACCAACAACACCGAGCAUCACACCAUCGAGAUUGAGAAGGACAGGCUCCUGGUCCGGAGGGGACAGGAAUUCCGCCUACGUGUGGAGUUUAGAGAGCGGACAUACCUGGAGGGUGAAGACCAGCUGGCAAUGUUUGUACACACAGGGCCUGCCCCAUCAGAAGCAGAUGGGACUCGAAUUCAAGUGCUGCACUCUAAGCUGAAGAGGGGCAAAUGGACAUUCUGUCUCCAGGCCACUCCAGGAUAUGUUCACCUGGCUGUUCAGAGUCCACCAAAUGCCUGCACUGGCCACUAUCAAAUCUACCUGGUCCUUUACCCGAGUGGAGGUGCAUCCAUUCAACAGAUCACAGCAGGAGAUUUUCACCUACUCUUCAACCCCUGGUGUCAAGAGGAUGCUGUGUACCUGCCUGAUGAAGACUUGCUGCAGGAGUAUAUUCUGAAUGAGAAUGGAUUGCUCUACCAUGGCUCAUAUACCAACAUCUACACAUUACCAUGGAAUUUUGGACAAGUAAUAUUUCCUCUUAAUUUUCCACAAUCUAUCUACCACUUCUUAUGCAUUUUUUGUGUGUUCUUCCGAGAUAUAGUUCCAUCUUUUGUCAUUUGUUCACAGUUUGAAAAAGAUGUCAUUGAUAUUUGCUUUCAAAUUUUGGACAACAGUCUCUCUGCUCUUAAAGAUUCAUUGGCUGAUGUUGCAAGAAGAAAUGAUCCUGUAUAUGUCAGCAGAAUAGUGACCGCUAUGGUGAAUGCGAAUGAUGAUAAAGGUGUGCUUUUGGGAAGAUGGGAUGGUAAUUAUGCUGACGGGAUUGCCCCGACCCGAUGGACUGGGAGUCUCCAAAUUUUGCGCCAGUGGAGUGGUUCUGGAGCUGAGAAAGUCCGAUAUGGGCAGUGCUGGGUCUUUGCUGCUGUAGCUUGCACAGUUCUCAGAUGCUUGGGGAUCCCGAGUCGUUGCAUCACAAACUAUUCUUCUGCUCAUGACACAGAUGGCAAUCUCAAAGUGGAUCAGUACUAUAGCAGUGAAGAUUACUCGCGCAUUCCUUCAAAAAGGAAAGACAUGGUAUGGAACUACCAUUGCUGGCUGGAAGUAUGGAUGACCCGUCCUGACCUUCCCCCUGGCUAUGACGGAUGGCAGGUCUUGGAUCCUACUCCACAAGAACGGAGUGACGGCAUUUACUGCUGCGGUCCUUGCCCUGUCAAAGCAAUUAAAGAAGGUCAUGUAGAUGUGAAAUAUGAUGCUGCGUUCAUCUUCGCCGAGGUCAAUGCAGAUGUGGUUUACUGGCUGGUAAAUAAAGAUGGAUCAAAACAAGAGUUGGGAGUCAAAUACCACCAAGUGGGAAAGCAGAUCAUUACAAAAAGUGCCUACACAGAUGAACGAGAGGACUUAACACAUGAUUACAAAUACCCAGAGGGUUCUACAAAGGAACGGGAAGUCUACAGCAAAGCCGGAAUGAAAAUCAGAUCUGCCAACAUUCAGGAAAAUGAUUUAAGGAUCAGCAUUAAAUAUGCUCAGCCAAUCCUUGGAAGUGAUUUUGACAUUUACUUCAGCAUUGUAAACAAUGGUUUUAUGGACAAAGAUAUCCAUUUAACACUGUCUGCAACCACUAUAACAUAUAAUGGGUUUAUUUUAACACAAUUCAGCAAGAGAUCAACUACAUUUACAUUAAAAGCUGCCACAGUUCAGAAAGAAGUUUUGAGACUGAAAUAUAGAGACUAUGGUGAACAUCUCUCUGAGCACAACUUAAUUCGAAUGACAGCCGUGCUAAUCCCUAAAGGCACAUCUGAAGUGAGUCUCAAGGAGUGCGACAUCGCCCUGAAUCUGCCUCGGCUCACUGUGAAGGUAAUUGGUGAACCAAUCCUGCAUCGGGAGUUAACUGUCCAAAUAAAGUUUGCAAAUCCUCUUCCCAUCACAUUAACUGACGGCAUCUUCAGUGUGGAGGGCACUGGGCUCACACAUCUCCAGGAAAUUAAGUCUCCUACCACAGCAAUCCAUCCUGGACAAGAGGUGGUGGUGAAUGUAUCCUUCACACCAAACAAGACAGGCUUACGGAAACUGAUGGUGGAUUUUGACAGCAGCAGACUUCACGAUGUUAAAGGUUCCACCAAAAUUAUUGUCAGACGGGCUUAACUGACAGCCUCUGGUAUUUUAUUAAGUAUUUUAAUCCGUGGAUGAAUCAGCUAGGAAUCUUAUCUCUUUAGUCUAACAGAACAUGUGGUUGCUAGUUUCAAAUGUUGAUUAAAAUUACUGUCGCUAGUGCUUUAGCUACCCAACAGUGCACUGACAAUGUUGUAUUAAGGGAUAAGAUAGUUUCCAUGCUACAUGCAUCGGACAAUAUUUGCUUAAAACUAACAGAAAGCUUUAAUGCAAAGAGUAGCAAACCAGAUAUUCAGCUUUCUGCUCACAUUUGUCACAUGGUGAUGUAGAAAGCAGUACAAACACUGAGGUUGCUGGAAAUCUUAAAUAAGAACCUAAGGUGGAAAAUCUCAGCAGAUCAGGUAGCAUCUGUGGACAAA